CUCGCCGCAGCUUGUGCCGCAAGGCGUGCGCCUGUCACACGGCUCGCUGCUUAGCCUGGCGCAAGUCAACAUCGGGAUAAGGAGGGUCCCGAACUAUGCAUGUGUCGCCCUACGUCCCCGACAUGCACCUCAGCGCCGGCUCCUGCCCGCAGGUGGGGACCCAGGUGAAUGACGUCAAUGUGACGGGCGACAGGGCGGCGGCGGCGGCGGAGCUGCUGCGCAAGGGCAAGAACAACACGGACUUUGCGGAUGCCGGCCGUUGCGUCGGAUGCCGGCCCCGCGGCCGCCGCACCCGCCGCUUCGGCCUGCGUGGAUGCUGCAGCCUGGUCGCCGGCCGUUCCUUUCUCCACGAAGGCGCUAGGUACAUCACAGAGGAGGUGGUCAAGUCGGUGCUGGUGGCCUGAAUGAGAGCAGCAUGGAUGGGAACAGCAAGGUAGACGGUAAGAACGGUGGUCGCAAGGAUGGUGGCAAGCAUUAUCCUGCAUGGUGGCACGACGGCGGCAUGCGCCAGGACGGUGGUGCGUGCUUGCCCUGCCCCGACUGCUGCGCCACCGCCAAUGCGUGUCUCAGGAAGCGGCCGAGCUGUUCUCGUUUGCUUGGGAGUAUGCGAUCACUGUGUCAGGAAAGAAGUAGAUGUUGAAGGGGUAUUGAUGAGCACUAGUGUGUCGUGUCGCGUGAGAACAGAGCCAAAGGUGAGCCUGGUUGUAAUGGUCGGUGUUUUGAUCCUUGUGCGUGUGUCCGUGUGUGUCACGCGGCCGGUUGCCGUCGAGCAUUGGAAGAAAAGGCGUGCUCCCCGCCCUGCCGAAGUGCCGAGGCCCGUGUCAACUUAGGAUCUGGCCCUGCAGCCAUGCCCCCCUAUGCCGCGUGCCUAUGUGCUCCCGGGGAGCUCUUCGUGGGCCUGGACUCCUACAGUCUUGCCGCUGUGCGACUACCUCCAGUACCCGGACUGCUGCUACAGACCGUGUUGCAGGUCAGCGGCAGGCCGCUGCGAGAAGCGGUCGGGCAGCCAGUGCUUCACCACGGGUCCACAGCGCUGGUCAGGUUGCGGACCAUUGUGUCCUGCUGGCGAUGGGGAAGCCGGCAAUGCGGACACGGCCGAUAGGGGGCCACGGGGUGCCGACCAUGUAGGAGGCGAAGCCGCGAAGGGGAGGCGGGGGACAAGGGCUGGAAGGUUGACGAUGCAAGCCACGUGAGAAGCUGUAACUUAUGAUAUGU